ACAUGACUGAAAGUGACACUCGACUCUUUCACUCUCAAGUGUGUGAGCAUUGAGUUGCACAGGACCGACCUGCAGGACCCUUACCCACCCACAAUGGUGGUCCACAUCCGCGUCUCCGGCAACUUCAGCACCGUGGACAGUAGCCUCCCUACGCCCCCACCGGACGGCACCGCGCGCGGACCCGGCGAACCGGACGCUUCGGGCGGCUUGAGCCGCAGCGGCCACACGGCGGUGGCGGUGUGCCUCGGCGUCAUCCUGGUGGCGGGCAUUGUCAACAACUCGCUGACGCUGCUGGUGUUCGCUCGGUUCCGGUGCUUGUGGACGCCCAUUAACGCGAUUCUGCUCAACAUCAGCCUGAGCGACGUGCUGGUGUGCGUGUUUGGGACCCCGCUGAGCUUCGCCGCCAGCCUGCGCGGACGCUGGCUCAUCGGGGAGUUCGGGUGCAGGUGGUACGGCUUCGCAAACUCUUUCUUUGGCAUCGUUUCUCUGGUGUCCUUGUCCGUCCUGUCAUACGAGCGCUACAUCAUAGUGCUGCGUUCCUCCCAAGUGGACAUGUCAGACUUCCGGAAGGCCUGGUUGUGUAUCGGGGGUUGCUGGCUCUAUGCCCUCUUCUGGACGUUGCCUCCACUUCUGGGCUGGAGCAGCUAUGGGCCCGAGGGUCCCGGGACCACCUGUUCGGUCCAGUGGCACCUGCAGUCACCCAGCAGCAUCUCUUACGUGUUGUGCCUCUUCAUCUUUUGUCUGCUGCUCCCGCUUCUUCUCAUGCUCUACUCUUACGGCCGCAUCCUGAUCACCAUCAGACAGAUGGGGAAGAUCAACCCCCUGACAACGGCACGUCGAGACCAUCGCAUCCUGAGGAUGGUGUUGACGUUGGUGUCGUGCUACCUGCUGUGUUGGAUGCCCUAUGGCGUGGUAGCGCUCAUGACCACGUUCGGCGGCUCGUGGCUGGUCACGCCCUCCUCUAGUGUGGUUCCCUCCGUCCUGGCCAAGUUCAGCACCGUCAUCAAUCCCGUCAUCUACAUUUUCUUCAACAACCAAUUUUCCCGAUGUCUCCUGGCCUUUGUGAAGUGCAACGCACAGCCGCUGUCUAUUCAAGAGGCGCGGCCCAGCUCGAGGUCACAGAGGUUGUGUGACUUGUUCCGCGGCGGGCGGCAACGUCGCUCGCUCAGCGGCGCCACCGACCACAGCGGCUGCCGCCGUGCCCUCGUCGUCCACUACACGCCGCACCGGCUUGUCAAUCUCAAGACUGAGAGGUGACCUGUCAGUGUAUUGUUUGAUGAGUGAAUGUACAACACCAGACCUCUACACAAACUAUGAAGACAAUGACGUGAGAUGUUGCAAGUACUCACACUCUGGACUUUAGGAGAAGUACUUUACUUGU